CCAACAGAAGCAUUAGGCCAGGUGAGCAGCCUCCCUCAGCCAUGGUGCCUUCCAUUCUCGUGUCCAAGACGGGAGACAUGCUGGUGAUCGGAGGAUCCGGAGGAUCCUUGAUUAUCAGUGCUACAGCUAUGGCUAUCAUAAACAAGCUGUGGCUUGGCUAUGACCUGGAACAUGCCAUUGCAGCUCCCAUCAUGCAUGCUGAAGGUGACAAAAUCCAGUUUGAGAAAGGCUUCAGUGAGGAGGUUAGGAGCGGCCUGCUGAGAAGAGAACACAAAGAAAAGAAAUUCAUGUUUGCAAUGAAUGUUGUGCAGGGGAUUUCCAAGGAAGGAAAAUGCAUCUCUGCUUACUCUGAUAUAAGGAAGCUGGGGAAAUCAGCUGGAUAUUAGCAUCAGAUGCCAUGACAACGCCCCUAUUCUAACCAAAAACCCCAGAAGAGAACUAAAUUGAGAACAUGCUUUGGCUUGGGGAUGCCAACAUCAGCUGUUCCCAUGAGGAUGUCUCCUAGAGGAUGGACAAAGCUGAUGAUUACGCCUGACUCCAGUAGACUGCGAAUACCCUCAGGCAAAACAAGGAUACAUCAGCCAGCCUUGAUUAGAGCUAC